CGCCGGGUGCUGCCGCCUUUUGGCUGUGGAGGCCGAGGGGAGCGGAGCUCCUGUGGCCAGCUUGGGCCCAUCGCUGCCGCAAAAUGGCAGUGGACUACUUUCUGCAUGAGAAGAUCUGGUUUGACAAGUACAAAUAUGAUGAUGCUGAGAGAAGAUACUAUGAGCAGAUGAACGGGCCACUUGGCAGCUCCUCACACCAGCAGGAGAACGGAGCCAGCACGAUCCUCCGCGACAUUGCCAGAGCCAGGGAGAAUAUCCAGAAAUCACUGGCCGGAGUGUCAAGCACAUCCUCUCCUGGACCUUCUGGUGACCAAAAUGAUCUCCUCUCCAGAAUGUCUCACCUGGAGGUAGAAAACCAAAACCUACGUAGUGUUGUUUCAGACCUUCAGAUGGCCAUCUUCAAACUGGAAAGCCGCCUGAAUGCUCUGGAGAAGUCCUCUACCUCCCACCAGCCCUCACCAGUUCCUCCAACCCAGAAAGUGGAACCAUUCAGUGUUCCCUCCAAAAAAGUGGAGCUCCCUUCUGCUUCACCAGCAAAGAAACCAGAGCCAGCUGCUGCAGAGGAAGAUGAUGAUAAUGACAUUGACCUCUUUGGGAGUGAUGAUGAGGAGGAAGACCAAGAGGCUGCUAAAGUCCGGGAGGAGAGACUGCGGCAGUAUGCAGAGAAGAAGGCCAAGAAACCAGGUCUUAUUGCCAAGUCCUCAAUCCUCCUGGAUGUGAAACCAUGGGAUGAUGAGACUGACAUGGCAAAGAUGGAGGAGUGUGUCCGGUCCAUCCACAUGGACGGCUUGGUGUGGGGAGCCUCCAAACUGGUCCCAGUAGGUUAUGGCAUUAAGAAGCUCCAAAUCCAGUGUGUGGUGGAAGAUGACAAAGUUGGAACAGACAUCCUGGAGGAGGAGAUCACCAAGUUUGAAGACUAUGUGCAGAGUGUUGACAUUGCUGCUUUCAACAAGAUCUAGAAGGAAAAACCGUAUCUACCCCCUCUGAAACUGUAACUAAUAAAGAUGGAGAUUGGGAGUCCA